AUGUCGGAAAACCAGGUUAAAAGAAAAGCGGAAGAAAUUGAAGUUGGAAAGUCUUCAGACAACUCAGACACUGACGAAGAACAACAACGAAGACCACUACUGCCGAAUCGUACAGAGCUAAAAAUUAUGGCAGAGAACAAUGAACAGCCAGAUAACAAUGAAAAUGAUGAGGAAACGUCAGAAAGACAAAACCACCCUCACCUGCUGCGACGAGUCUCCUCAUACUAUACACCUUACCUGGAGGACAGGCUUCGCAGAAAACUCAAGUUUUAUUUCAUGGGUCCACAUGAAAAGUUUAUAGCAAAGAAGAAGUGUCCAUGGAAACUAUUAUUACAGAUCCUAAAGAUCAUCAUUGUCACAAUACAGUUGGUCAUAUUUGGAUUUGAGCGAUCAGAGUUUGUGGGUUAUGUAGAGAAGAACAAUUUAGCCCUUAAACACCUCUAUCUGAAGAAUUGGGACUCAAGCUAUGAGACUAUGCCGUAUCCCCCUGCCACUGGAAAAUAUGCUCUAUAUGACAUUCCAACCCUCGUUGACUAUAUCAACCACACAGUGAUGAAGUUCAACAAAACAGAAGAACAAGCCCUUGGAUCAGUGAGAUUUGUUCAUGACAAACAUGGUCAUGUCCUUCCAAUGACUUUCUGCAGUAUCCAUUAUCUUAAGGGGGAAAUCUUUGAGAACAACGAUACUUAUGCCUUGGAUUCACAAACAGUUACAAACUGUACAGACCUGGUCUUAACCAAUAGCAGCCAUGAUUUUGAUAUAAUGGAAUAUCUGAAGAAUAAAAAUAUUACUCUAAAAUUCGACAGAAUUUUGAAAAUUGAGCUAAGGUUUCACCUGAAGUCUUACCAUUUAGAUAUUGACAAUGGCCUGACAGCUCCAGAAUGCUUUAGAGUUACAGGAAAGGUGGUGUUUGAUGACAGUACUAGAAACGGUCAGAUGUUGAUAGAUCUGGUGACCACUCUUCAUGAAUUUGACUGCAAUGGAGAAUAUUCCUUCAAAGAAGCUGAAUCAAACGAAAGGAUCAAAAACACACUUUUUGAUGUGUUUGUAAUACUGAUUAGUGUAUUGUCCAGUGUGUUGUGUACACGGUCAGUGGUAAGAGGUCUACUGUUACAAAAGGAAACGGUUAAAUUUUUCAAGAAGCGUUACAGAAAAGAUUUGCCUACUUCUGACAAGCUGGAGUUUGUUAAUUUCUGGUAUAUAAUGAUCAUUCUCAAUGAUAUUUUAACUGUGGUGGGAUCAUCACUGAAGAUAACUAUUGAGAACAGGCAUGCUUCAAGCUCGUCAGAGAACUAUGACCUCUGUGGACUUAUGUUAGGUACAGGAAAUCUCCUGGUGUGGCUAGGAGUCUUACGAUAUAUUGGUUUCUUCAAGACUUUCAAUAUUCUGGUGAUUGUACUAAAGAAGGCAUUCCCAGAUAUCAUUAGAUUCCUUGUAUGUGCUCUCAUUAUCUACGCCGGCUUCAUGUUCGCGGGAUGGGUAGUACUUGGACCCUACCACAUAAAGUUCCGACAUAUAAGCACAGCAUCGGAGUGUUUGUUUUCUCUCCUCAAUGGCGACGACAUGUUUGUGACAUUCUCAGCCACAGUAACAGACAACAAUCUUGUCUGGUACUAUAGUAGGAUUUACCUGUAUCUGUUUAUAUUGCUCUUCAUCUGCGCCGUACUCAACCUCUUCACAGGUGUUAUACUUGACACCUAUGAAAUCAUCAAGGAGUAUGCUAAGGAAGACUCGUUCCCCAAAAGUGCCUUGGAUUUGUUCAUAGAGGAGUGCAGUGACCCACCGUCAUCACAUGCCUACAGACGAGAGGAUCACAGCUGUAAUCCACUAGCCUGUCUAUGUUGUUGUGUUAAGCGUGAUCCAGACAGACCCAAUGAAUACACAAGUUUGUUGAACUAAAUGUUAUAUUGUACAUGUCGUACAGACUGAACAAUCACAGGUGUUGUACAGACAGAACAAAUAUACAGGUGUCCUGUAGUAUUUCAUCACAGGUGUUGUACAGACAGAACAAAUACACAGGUGUCCUGAAGUAUUUCAUCACAGGUGUUGUACAGACAGAACAAAUACACAGGUAUCCUGAAGUAUUUCAUGGCAGGUGUUGUACAGACAGAAUAAAUACACAGGUGUCCUGAAGUAUUUCAUUGCAGGUGUCGUACAGACGAAAUAAAUACACAAGUGUCCUGAAGUAUUUCAUCACAGGUGUUGUACAGACAGAACAAAUACACAGGUGUCCUGAAGUAUUUCAUCACAGGUGUUGUACAGACAAAACAAAUACACAGGUAUCCUGAAGUAUUUCAUGGCAGGUGUUGUACAGACAGAAUAAAUACACAGGUGUCCUGAAGUAUUUCAUUGCAGGUGUCAUACAGACGAAAUAAAUACACAAGUGUCCUGAAGUAUUUCAUCACAGGUGUUGUACAGACAGAACAAAUACACAGGUGUCCUGAAGUAUUUCAUCGCAGGUGUCGUACAGACAGAACAAAUACACAAGUGUCCUGAAGUGUUUCAUCGCAGGUGUUGUACAGACAGAACAAAUACACAAGUGUCCUGAAGUGUUUCAUCGCAGGUGUUGUACAGACAGAACAAAUACACAAGUGUCCUGAAGUAUUUAAUCGCAGGUGUUGUACAGACAGAACAAAUACAAAAGUGUCCUGAAGUAUUUCAUCACAGGUGUCGUACAGACGGAACAAAUACACAAGUGUCCUGAAGUAUUUCAUCGCAGGUGUCGUACAGACGGAACAAAUACAAAAGUGUUCUGAAGCACUCCAUUGAUGGAUCAUCAAACUGAAAUUACGAUAGGAAUACAGAGGAUAGGAGUAGAAUACAUCAAUCAUUCCCAAGUAUGAGGUUGUCCCUCAUAUACCUGGUUAUUCUUAGAAAUCUUUAUCAUUAGAAGAUUUGUCUCCACAUGUUAUUGAAUCAUCGUGCAAUUUUCGUCUAUAUAAUACCAACUGAUUUAUUUAUGUUUGUGUUUAUGUGAAGUACACAUUUAAAGUUAAAGGUUUUGCAAAAAUCUCCUGUUGUCAGUAUAUCCAGUUAAGUAUAAGCAUACCUUUGUGUAAAUAGUUCAUGGCUAAACUUAGUUUCUACCAUACCCCUGUAGUAUAUUAUGGAAUGCUAGCUAAAUGUUGUUGUCCAUAAAAUGUUUAAAACAUUUACAUUUCGUAUUGUCUUUAUAGAUAAAGUAUUGUGAAGAGCCUAAACGUAAAGUGGAAUCAUUUUUCACAGAAGUCAUGAGACAGACUUUAUUUUGAUUUAUUGAUUUUCCUGUCAAAGUAUCUGUUUCCAUCAAUUUUAUAGCAUCUUCCGAAACAUCAAAACAUCAAACCCCUCAAAAUUUACAAACCUUUAUAUAGUUAAUAGUUAAUUACAGAGAUAUUUAAUCAUUCAACAUACUAAGUGAGUUUACCACUAGGGUCACUUUCUCAUAAGAGGUUGAAAUGUUGGACAUUCUGAACCUGUUAGAGAAAUGCCAGGCACAGAUCGGAACUGAGGAUGGACUAUGUCAUAUUUGGAACAUGCAGUUUGAGGAGUCCAGAUGUAUUUGUCCGAAGCUAACUGGCUGAAUGUUAUUAAUUUUCACAAUUUCUUCCUAGAGCAGGAUUUGGUGCAAAUAUAUAUUUCCUGAAAUGUUACACUGUGUGUGUUAUCAAAGUCAUAGAAGAUUUUUUUAUAAUCAGUUCAUGGUUUAUGUUCGACAGGAAAUUCUAAAACUGUGCAUUAUGAACUUUACAUAAUAUUUCUUGUACAAUAUAUACUGUACAGGUGUAACCCUGGUAAAUACUAGCUGCAAUAUAUAUCACUCGGCUAGAGAGAAUUUCUCUUUAGCUUACUCGGUUGAGUGUUAGACUAGCAAGCCAGGGGUCCCAGGUUGGAUUCCUAGUGGAGGCAUUGAAAAAAAUAAUGACACAGGUACAUUUAUUUAUCAUAGAAUAAUUCCAGGCAACCUGAAUGUUUCAGCCACGCUACUCGAAAGUGUAGAAUUAAAUUGUACUGGUUACCUGUACAGUCUAAUAUAUAGUAUUAAUGUAUUGUUCAUCUAUUACCCUUGUACCUAUUAAAAGUGCUAAAUUACUUAAUGUGAUAUAUAAUGUCAGAAGCUUUAAAGUGCCAAUAAGUAUUUAUACAAUAUAUAUAUUGCAGUCUUGUCAAUGUUGUUUGAAAAUGGUAGUAAAACUCUAAGGGUAUUCAGAAUGGAACCUCGUUUAAUUUUUCAAGGUUUAUUUUAUUACUACACCUUAGACAAAAAUGAGCAUUGCAGAGAGAGAUUACCAAGUAUAAUGAGUUAUGAAAUAAACAAGUAUCAAUUUAUGAUUCAUACAAAGAAAAGGUUACUGUGAAUAUGUCAUUAAGACUGUGGUCUGCCAUGGUGGAUGCAUCGAGAAGGUAGACAUUUUCAAACAAUCUUGAGAAUUUACUUUCUUAUGCAUGAAAAAAUCAUGGUUUUUAUAAGCAUUUCAUAAAUAGAACAAGUAGUUUGCCAUUGACUGGAAGGGCGGAUGGGCAGCCCACAAGCUGUGUAAAAAUAUUUUCGUCUGGAGUAUGACUUUAUUUGUAUUUUACCUACUGGUAAUUCCAUCAACUUUGUCACACAUUUACAUCAUAGGAUGUCAAAGUGUCUCACCAAGAGAUCAGGUUUUGUGCUCCUCUUUUGCAGAGUUAUGGUCUUCUGGUCUAUUUUUUUCUUGCCUAGACCAUAAUUAUGAUAGUUCAUCAUCUACAAUUUCCGUAUCUUUUUCAUAUAUCAUCUUAUUGGAUAUUACUGAAGUUAUUAUCUAUCACCUUCUUCAUACAAGGGAGAAUUGGAUUACAAAUUAAUGUGUAUUAGUUUACCACUUGCCAACAAUCUAUUCCCUCAGGUAGAAAAUCUAUUGCCUCUUAUUGUGUUCUAAAUUGGUAAAGCUUUUUAAGUCUUUUUGUGUUAUCUGUAUAAGGCUUUCGAAGGUUGUAAAGGUCUCUAUAUUAGUUGCUUUAAUCUGUAAAGGCAAUAAAUCUAUUUCUUUUAAAGUCAUCAGUCUCGUUUGUCCUCAUACAGCUUUGCACUGAUACAUAUCAUUUCUUCUAUUGUCCUCAGAAGUGAACAUGUGAAGAUAAAUGUAUCUGAUCACAACAUGUCAUUUGAUUGUAUGCUGUAAACAUAGUGAUCACAAUCAAAUUUUAGUGUGUAUCACUUUUUGGCAAAAUCGCUCAUUGAUAGAUUUGUGCAACAAGGAUUGCUAUAUAACAACUUUAAAACUGCAGUUAGUUCAGUCAUGUUUUAGUGCAACACUUUCACUGUGGAGCACAAGAAGAUCACUGCUAGAACAUUUAUGUGUACAGUAUAACCAAUAUAUAAGAUACUCCCACUACACUAAUGUGUCUGAAGGUGCUAUUUUUAAGUUUAAAAGAAAUGUUUUGGUUACUAUCAAUAAUGUGUGGCAAAAAUGUUUUCUACUUUUCAAUCUUUGCUUUUUCAAG